AUGUCCACACAGUCAAGUUUUUCUGAGUGCCUGCAAGAGUGGGAAAAUCUGCAAAAAGACUAUGAGCAGAUCCAGGAGACUCACCAGCUGUACAAGCAGAAGCUCGAGGAGGUGUUCAGCCUGCAGGACAAGUGCUCGCUGUCCAUCGCGCAGCAAAGGAAGAAACUGAGGGAUGUGUCACUGCUGCUGUCAAAGUGCAGACGCGGACUGAGCUCGGAGGAUGUCGGCACUGCAGACAAAAUCCAGGGGUUGAUUAAAGACCGCCCAAAUAUCUUCUUUGAGAUGGAGGCAUUCCUCCCAAAGAAAAAUGGAAUGUGUCUCAACCUCGUUCUUGGGAACGUAAAUGUAACUCUGCUUAGCAAGCAGUCUAAGUUUGCCUAUAAAGAUGAGUAUGAAAAAUUCAAGCUGUGCCUCACAGUCUUCCACCUGCUCCUGGCCUGCAUGUGCCGCUUCUUCGUCAGCAACAGGAUAGUGGAUGCUCUUUUCAAUUUCCUGCUGGUAUGGUACUACAGCACCUUGACCAUUCGCGAAAGCAUCCUCAUUAGCAAUGGCUCCAGGAUCAAGGGUUGGUGGGUGUUGCACCAUUACAUCUCUGCCUUCCUGUCCGGUGUUAUACUCACCUGGCCAGACGGCAACCUCUACCAGGUGUUCAGGAACCAGUUUCUCUCCUACUCCUUAUAUCAAAGUCUGGUGCACCUUCUUCAGUACUAUUACCAGAGAGGCUGUCUGUACCGACUUCGAUCUCUGGGCGAGAGACACAACAUGGACUUGACUGUGGAGGGGUUUCAGUCCUGGAUGUGGCGAGGCCUGGCCUUCCUCUUGCCGUUCCUGUUCUUUGGCUAUUUGUGGCAGUUGUACAACGGACUGUCCCUUUUCAGGAUGGCUCAUCUGCCGGAAUGCACAGAGUGGCAGGUCACCGUGUGUGGUGCCACCUUCCUUGUUCUUUUCAUUGGAAACUUCUCGACCACACUAGCGGUGGUCUACCAGAAGUUCCAGAACAAGAAUCAAGCUAAAUUCAAAAAUCUGUGAGAGCGGCAAAAAAAUACGACAUUACGCUAUAAGAACCGUCAAACAGAAUCAGCAUUGAGCAUUUCAAAAUUUUUGUAUGCAAAUGCAGUACUUUAUUCUAAAGUUUAAUCCUGGAUGCAUUGGCAGAUACUUUGCAUCUCAAAAAUGG